AAGCUUCCGAAGCAUUCGCCCAAUGCAAAGAGCAACUGAAACGCGCAACGUUAUUGGCACAUCCCGUGAAGAACGCCGAACUUUCUCUAUGGACCGACGCUUCAGAUUUCGCAGCCGGAGCCGUACUUCACCAACGCACCAACGAAGACCUGCAACCACUAGGCUUCUUCUCGAAACGUCUCGAAAAGGCACAGCAAAAGUACUCGACCUAUGACCGAGAACUUACCGCCAUCUAUCUCGCCAUACGACACUUCCGAUACCAGCUAGAGGGUCGGGAAUUCUGUAUUUAUACAGACCACAAGCCUCUAACCUUCGCCUUCCGACAAACGCACGACAAUGCCUCACCUCGACGAGCCCGGCAGUUAGACUUCAUUGGCCAGUUUUCCACCGACAUCCGUCACAUCGCCGGAAAAGACAACGUUACAGCCGAUCUGCUCUCCCGCAUAGAGACAGUGCACGCGACACCGACCAUCGAUUAUGAGCGGUUAGCAGAAGAACAAGAGCGCGACCCUGAACUUUCCGACAUUCUCAGUGGGAAAAUUCAGACGGACUUGUUCCUGCAGAAGACACCAAUACCGGGAAGCCCCAAGUCACUCUACGCCGACUGCCCUGGAGGUAUCAUCAGACCGUACAUCACCCGAUCGUUUCGAACACAACUUCUCCACGCCGUACAUGAUCUCAGUCAUCCCGGAGCCCGCGCCACAGCUAGACUAAUAACAGAGCGUUUCGUGUGGCUCAAUGCAAGGAAGGAAUCCCAGGACUUCGCUCGGAACUGCUUAGUCUGCCAGCGCGCUAAGGUAGGAAGGCACGUCAAAAGCCCCUUGAUACCGUACCCUGCAACAACAGCGAGGUUCAGUCAUAUCAACGUAGACAUCAUUGGACCAUUUCCCAUCAGUAACGGUAACCGAUACUGCCUUACGAUAAUCGACCGAUUUACUCGCUGGCCAGAAGCAAUACCGAUCUCGGAUAUCACCGCAUCUACCGUCGUAUCAGCACUACUAUUCCACUGGAUCGCCCGAUUCGGAGUUCCGGCGCACGUAACAACGGACCAAGGGAGACAAUUCGAAUCCUCCUUGUUCAAAGAGUUGACGAAAGCCCUAGGAACAAAACACAUCCGUACGACAGCCUAUCACCCGCAGGCAAAUGGAAUAAUCGAGAGGUGGCACCGCACUCUUAAAGCAGCAAUCACCUGCAAAGACACCGCAAGAUGGAGCGAACACCUACCGUUAAUACUGCUUGGGCUACGAACCACGUUCAAAAAUGACAUCAACGCCUCGCCAGCCGAACUUGUGUAUGGAACGACGUUGGCCAUCCCGGCAGAAUUCUUCAUCGCGAAACCGCAAAAUGCCCUCGCCGACCAAUCCGACUUCGCCAAAACGUUAGAGGAGACGAUGAGCAGCAUUCGACCACAGAGCACCGCUUGGCAUACCAACCGCACACCGUUCGUGCAUUCCGAUCUGAACAAGUGUACUCACGUGUUCAUACGCGACGACACCGUCCGACCUGCACUAACUACACCUUACCACGGUCCAUAUAAGGUUCUUACACGCAAUCCUAAGUCUUUUCAGAUACUCCUACGUGGACAGCCAACGCUGGUUUCGAUCGACCGCUUAAAACCAGCGUAUGGCGCAGAAGAGGAAGCCACCCCGGCUCCGCAGUGCUCGUGGGAAGGGCUAACGACAAACCUGCUGCCGCCAACAACCGACCACUCGGAAACUCUGCCGUUACCGGACGUCCAGGCAAAUUCGGACCGCAGAGACGCCACCGCAGCCUCCAAACCGACGUCGCGCGAACAACCAGUGCGUAAUCAGACGACACCCGCACCACCAUCGCACCCGACGACAUCGAGACAAACCGACCGAGCCACCGUCGACGCCCCACCACCCUCCAUCCUACGCCGCAACGACCAGACGGUAUCGACCGGCGUCACCAGGUCUCAGCGGAAGGUCAUCAUACCUCUACGUUACCGGUGACACCGCUCUAGGAGGGGAGUACUGUAGCGACCAGACCGCCAUCUGGCGUGAGAAUCGUGAGCGAUCGUGACAUCCAGGGACAAAGACACGGAUCUCCGUGGAGCGCACUCACCAGGCACACGAAUGUGUCAAAGUGACGUGCGCCGCGUGUCCAGCGCUACACUUCCUGCUGUCAGCGAGCACAUUCUCUCUCUUGCGACCCAACCUCGAAAGCGAACAGACCUCUUCCUUCGCUGCGCGCUCGAAACUUCCUCAACGUGAAACCCUCUCGCACGAACGUGCGCAACCGUUCAUAAUAUAGUGUAAAAUAAAGUUCCGUAUUACCUACUCACGAAACCCAACGCGUUCGCGACAUAAAAAAUUAGGGACCACUUUUGUGGCGCCCCUAAAAACCUAUUCCCUUGUUUUAAAAUGAGAAUGUGUAAAAUUGUGUAGAAUAAUGUAGAAAACAUGGGCAAACCUGCACCUCCAUAGAGCUGUCAAAAUUAAACAUGGACGGGCUAAUAUUAGCAUUGGACCAGUCCAUGCACGUGCUAGGAGAGAAAGUAAGUCUCGGGAGCGACAUAACAUGCAGCACACAUUGCAGAAUGACUGUUGCAAAACGCUAUAAUUGUUAUUUCCUUUGGAAUGAAAUGACUAUAAAACAAAUCCCAACCGUUAGCGCAUUUCUUCAAACUCGCGGACCGCUUGGUACGGUUGCAUCAGCACGAAACUGCUCGAACUCUUGCACGAGGCGUGGACUGUCAACUGUCAAACCUGCCCAUGCGACCCAGCCUGAUCGUCCGGCGCAGAAAGACUACAAAAUAAAUCAAGUCGGCAGGGCGAACGUGUUUCUGCUUCCUGCUGUGUGAACAGUAAAACGGUGAACAAAAAAAGCAAACUCAACCAACCGCUGCACCUUCUGAACUCUUUUACACUCGAAAAAGAAACACCGCAGACGAUAGUGCAACGCGUAUUCAUGGUGGCUAACAGUGGCGUGCGAGUGAACAUCUUCCAUUACAAUCCGGAGUGAAAACGCAUUUCAUAACAACUGCAGCGGUCAGCGGCAGCAUCAGUUUGCAGUGCAUUGACCGAGCAGCAGGCAACGGGAAGAAGCAGUUGGUGUACCGGGCACACAUACACCGCAUAUCUGUGAUUUGGCACCGGCGUGUGACCAGUAUGACGAAAUUUAUGCUUGCCAGGCGCUGCCUGGAGGUAGCGACCGAUACGCUCGGCACGGCCGCAAACACCCUUGCACCCCGGCUAUCGGCCGCUGGACCGUUCGGCUGGAUGAAACAGUACCACACCCUGCCAGGGGGCGUACGGUCACCGGGCCGCACCUAUUCCACGCAAACCGACAGCCGCAAGUCCGCCACCCAGGGCUUUGACGAUGGCGACCGUCCACCGGUCGAUCCGGAGGCGGUGCAUGCGGAUCUGCUGCGCCGACUGACGAAGCUGUACGAGCAGGAGGUAGCCCGGGAGCUGAUCGUGCCGCCGUUCAAGCGAGCCCUGCUGUACGGCGAGAAGGCAGCCGUCCACGACCAGGUCGGCGAUUUUACCUUCAUCCAGCUGUACGAAGCGGUCAAACGAUUGGCGGCUCAAAUAUCCAAAUGUUGCGGUAGUGCUUCCCAAUCUCGUGUGGCAUUUCUCUGUCCCAACAAUAUCACAUACGUGAUCAGCCAAUGGGCUUGCUGGUUUUCCGGGCAAGUUGCUGUGCCCUUGAAUGCAAAGUAUCCGGCCGAUCUGCUCGAGUACUAUAUCAAAGAUUCCGAUGCUUCGCUGCUGCUAACGACGCCGGAAUUUCUGCCCCUGGCGGAACCACUGGCCGCAAAGCUACAGAAACCCCUGCUGGUGGUUAAUCAUGACCUGAUCCACACGAACGGUGGUGUGGCGGGUGGUACGACGAACGGAGGGGACGCCGCCGCACCGAUGGCCGACGUGGUGUCCUACCUCGAUCCGACGAGAGAAAACUUGCUCCAGCUGAACGAUACGCUCGUGGUGGAAAGCGCACUGAAUGGGGAGUUUUAUCGCGACGCGAACGCACUAAUCCUGUACACCUCCGGCACGACCGGUAAGCCGAAGGGAGUGGUCCUUAGCUACGCCAAUCUGGACGCUCAGCUGCGUGCCCUGGCGCACGCGUGGCAAGUAAGUGCGACCGAUUCGGUGCUACACACGCUGCCGCUCAACCACGUGCACGGGACGAUCAAUGCACUCAACUUGCCGCUGGCCGUCGGGGCGAAGUGCGUCAUGCUGCCCAAGUUCGACAGCAGCAGCGUGUGGAGCUACCUGCUGAACGUGAACAUGACCACGAAGGAGCGCGUGAACGUGUUCAUGGGCGUGCCGACGAUGUACGGGCUGCUGAUCCGCGAGUACGACAGCGUGUUCGGCAAGAACGCGCGCAUGUGCGAUUACGUCAAGACGCACUGCAAGAACAAGAUACGGCUGAUGAUUUCCGGCUCGGCCCCGCUGCCGGGCAAUAUCUUCGCUCGGUGGAAUGAAAUCACGGGCCACCGGUUGCUGGAGCGGUACGGCAUGACCGAAAUCGGUAUGGCCAUCUCGAACCCGUACGUGCAGGAUGGCGAGCAGCGCAGCCGCAAGCAGGGCUGCGUGGGAAUGCCACUGCCCGGGGUGAGUGUGCGUAUCGUGGAGCAGGAAAGUGGCCGCACACUAACGCUCGAGGGGCGCGAAAAUGAAGGAUUUUGGAAGAGUGGAGCAGCGGACAGCAGCUCGAAGCAGCAGGAGGAAACCAUUGCCGGCCAGCUGUACGUGAAGGGACGCUCGGUGUUCCGCGAGUACUGGCAGAAGCCGCAGGAAACGGCGUCCGAGUUCGAUGCGGACGGUUGGUUCCGGACGGGCGACACGGCACGGUACGAAAACGGCACGAUACGCAUCCUGGGCCGCACCUCGGUGGACAUCAUCAAAUCCGGCGGCUUCAAGCUGUCCGCGCUCGAGAUCGAAACGGCACUGCACGAACAUCCGGACACGAGCGACGUGGCGGUGCUCGGCCUGCCGGACGAAACCUGGGGCCAGCGGGUAGUGGCGGUGAUAAGUUUGCGCGACCACGUUGCCGCCGAAUCGUUCAGCAUUCCAAAGCUGCUGGUGUGGCUGGAACAGAAGCUGCCCAAGCAGGCCAUCCCGAAGGAGGUCCGGCUGGUGGGCGAGAUUCCGCGCAAUGCGAUGGGCAAAAUUAACAAACGCGAACUGAUCGACAGGUUGUACGGAGACAGCACCGCGACAGCAACGCCGACGCCGCCAGCAAGCAGUACGGCGGGAGACGGUAAACCCUAAGCUAACGGUAAACUGUUUGGAGGUCGGUUAAUGCAAAGUCCGCGACCGCAACGCGCACAGCAGAAGAAAACGUAUUUAUAUGCACACCAUGCAUCCGGCGCGGCGACAAUGUGAAGCGGAUGAGAUGAGCUAGAUAGGAAGGAAAGAGGGCAAAACAAGCCCCGGUGGUCUCGUCACUAGUCACACACACACACACAAAAGCCCAUCUUCCGCUUCACUCGGUCGCCGGCUUACCCGUGGCGGGAGGGAGGAAAUGUUGCAAACUCCCAUUGUGUCUCAGCAUGCAUUAUUGACUUAUAUUUCGUUUGUAAUUAUGUUCUUCGUAUUGUAUCGUAUCCUCCGCUCGCGGGCGGGCCCAUCUUUCGGAAAUUGUUGGGCGAAACCGGAGCAACGUGGAGAUCGUGAUUGGCGCGAUGAGGGUGGGUGAGUGAGAGUGCGUGAGAAUGGGUGAUAAUGAGCAUAUAUCAUCAUCACCCAUAAUCGGGUAUGUGGGAAUGUGAAACAAACAAAGCUUCUGACAACAAGGUUCCAAAUUUGUUGACGAAUUAUAUUGCAA